GUUUUACUUCAGGAGCUUAAAUGAAUGAAAACUGAAAGGUAUAUAUGUUUAUACUCCUGGAGCUUAUUUGUUAAGCUCUCUUUUACGAAUCGUAAUCAAUGAUAUGGCAAAUCGUUCAUUUGGUGGCUUCCGAAGGCGAUGCUUUGCUUCGUUAUUCAAAUCCACUUUCACCUCUUACACUCUCAGUACCACCAGGCUAAUUCCAUACCAAGAACCCAAUUUAUCCUCAUUCAUUUCAUCGAACACUUGGUGGGCAUUCAGAAACUCGACAAUUUGUAGGCACUACGGGUCUUCGUCAUCGUCAUCGUAUCAAUCAACAGUGCGUUGCGUUAUAUCAGAAGGCAAACCCAAAUUCGAGGCAUAUGAAAUCGAUCCACCUAAGAAAUUCAAAUGGAAAACGAAGAAAAAACUCAAGUUGCAAAGAAAGAAAGAGAAGCACAAGAGAAACUUAGCAAACAAAAAGGACCCCCGUCGUCUCACCAUCAAAGGAUCUAAAAAGAAAGCCAGGUUUGCCAAUGCUGAGGAACGAAUCAAAUAUAAGCUCGAAAAGGCAAAAAUCAAAGAAUCCUUGCUGAUUGAAAGGCUGAAGAGGUAUGAAGUUUCAAAACUUCAAGGACCAAUGGUGAAACCCGUUGACAUGACAGGUGAAGAACGAUUCUACAUGAAGAAGAUGGCUCAAAAAGGAUCCAAUUACGUUCCAGUUGGUAGAAGAGGCGUGUUUGGAGGUGUCAUCCUGAAUAUGCAUAUGCAUUGGAAAAAACAUGAAACUGUAAAGGUCAUCUGCAAGCCCUGUAAACCAGGUCAAAUCCAAGAUUAUGCUAAUGAAAUUGCAAGAUUAAGUGGUGGAAUCCCAAUUCAGGUGAUCGGAGAUGACACCAUAAUCUUUUAUCGUGGGAAGGAUUAUGUGAUGCCAGAGGUUAUGAGUCCAAUCGACACAUUAUCCAAGAAAAAAGCACUUGAAAAGUCAAAGUAUGAGCAAUCCCUGGAGUCUGUAAGACACUUUAUUGCUGUUUCUGAGAAGGAACUUGAGUUAUAUCAUAGACACAUUGCACUUUAUGGCGACUCUUCUGCUGAUCAUAAGUGCAACACUGUUAUUGGGUCCCACCAAGUUCUUGAGGAGAAUGUUGAUGGUUUAUCAAACCAAGAAUUAUCAGCAGGUGAAGUUGAUGAUCAUGAUGAUGAUGAUGAUGUUGAUGAUGAUGAUGAUCUGUCUUUAAGUGAUACGAGUUGUACAGAUGAGUCUACUAGUGAAUUGGAUUCUUGUGAUGAAGAAACAUAGACUAUAAUACUUAAAAAGUUUUUUAUGGCUAUUUCUGAUGAUGAAGAUGAAGAGGGUAUUCAUGUCUUUUGCACAUAAGAAACCUUUUUGGGUUGUCCCAUUGACAUCGGUCCAAGUCCAGUAUACUCCAAACACAGUACAAACUGUCUUAUCAUGUCAUGUCACCCACAACAAAUGGAGCCUUAGGGUUGAAUUGAUGCCAAAAUGGUAUUAUUGUCCACAAUUUUCAUCAUAAAUGUUAGUGGAUCAUUAUCCUGAUUUAGGUCAAGAUCAUAGAUUUAGGAUCUAGUCUUGAUUAAUGGAUCAAACGAGAUGGAAUCAUUUCUUGAUUUGGUUUAAGUGAUAAAUCCACGUAUUAC